AUGGAGAGCAACAACUGCAUGUCCGUGCUGUCGUGUGUGGGCACCAACGUCGCCUCAGCCUUCUUCGCCUCACUGGAACGCUGCUCCUGCAUCAACCUCAACACCACCGAUUUCGACGACGACAAUCAAGCCAUCAACGACGACGACGGCCGCCCUCUUUUCCUCACCUCCUCCAGGCCCACCGCGGCCCACCAAGCCCAGCCCAUCAUCGACCCCAAUCAGCCCAUCAACAAGCCCGCCGCCGCCGCCACCCACCACCUCAGCAACGGCGUUUCAGCUUGA